GGCUGGUACAUAAAGGGUGACGUUUCUGACUCGGGCUGUAGUCCGCCAUGCAGAAAACACUCCUCGUCGUCGUGCUCGCGGCCUUUGUCGGCAGCAGCUCUGCACAGGAGAGAUGCUCCCCGCAAUGCAUGGACCUGGCAGAGGGAGUUCACAGCGCCAAUUUCAUUAACAGACCUAUACGUUACCUUGAAUUCUGGUUGGCCGGCUGCGAUUCCCAAUGCCUGAACGAUCUUGGAGGAAUGCAGACAACGACAACACAAGCACCAGCAACAUCACAUAUGAUGGCACCAACUUCCUCAAUCACAACAGCUAGAACAACUACUACAGUCAAGGGAACAACUAUGACUACUACAAAACCUACAAUGGCACAAACUUCCUCAACAACAACAGCUACUACAGCAAAGUCUACAACAAUGGCUGCAACUGCAACAGCUACAGCUCUGACAACAACCUCAACUAAAACAUCUAUGAUGGAAUCGACUUCUUCAAUGACAACCACUACGCCAGAAACUACAACAGUGACCACUACAACAACUACAGCUCCAAUGACAACCUCAGCCACAACACCUGCAUCAGAUGCAAUUUCAUCAACCACUUCAACAACAACCUCAACCACAACACCUGCAUCAGAUACAACUACAACAACUGUUUCAAGAACUAGCUCAACUGCAUCAUAUACAACCUCAAGCGAUGCACCAAGUUCCAGCAACACAGUACCUGAAUCAUCAACAUCAACAACAGAAAGGACUGAACCCAGUGAAACAACUGAGUCAGCUGUGGAUACAACAUCAGAGGGUACAACUUCUUCUACCACAACAAAUGUAUCGACCUCAGCAGAAGAAGAAACAACAGUUGCUGAUACAGCAACUGCUGAAACUGAUUCUUCCACGUCAGAGGAGACAAACGUUUCAACCUCAACUGCCUCAACUGCAGCAGACGCCUCAAGAAAAAGUAAUGCUAUCGCAUUGGGUAACAGAGGCCAGCACCACGACUUACGCCAUGGCUUUAUGCGUCACUCUAAACACGAAAACCGUGGGAGACACGUAGAACAUGGGAGAAAUGGUAAGCAUGGCACUUUUCACAGGCAACAGAACUGAGAAUUUCACAAGCGGUGUAACAAGAACGGUUCAACCAAAUUUUAAGUAACCAUAAUAAUAAUCUUUUACUUUUACGUGGAUGAACUGAUAACUUGCAAUUAGAAAGACACAAACACGAAUAAUUGGAGGGUUCAUGCAGAUACUGCACUGCAGAAGUGAAUGCAUAAUAUGAUGGCAUGAUAACAAUUUAAAAAACCCAGUCAUACUCAUUCAUGCCACUACAUUACUAAUCAUGCACUAAACAACAAUGAAAGUAAUACAUACACAACUAUGAAAAUAACAAGUCUAUUAGUCUACUGCCAUUGUUGAAAAUGAUGUUCGUGAAGCAACUUUAUAUUUUGAUACCCAACUUUAAAGAAU